CGUCUUCGUGUCAAAGUUGAUCUGCUCCUUGCAGUCUCUUUGUUGAAUUGUAUGGUUAGUCCCCUAUAGGAUUCCCCCCAGUAAAUGACAUUUUAAGGAAUCGUACCUUAAAAAAUUGCAUGUAUAUUAACAAAUUAUCCUGAACGUUGAAACGAUGGAAGAGAGGCGUUAUGGAUCUGUGCCUGUCCCCUCGGAAUAUCUACAGAACUGGGUUCAAGCUGCACAGCAGCACCUGCAGACAUUACAGGCCCAGUACCCUCACUUGGCAAACGGUGCAGACUACAUGGACGGCGCAAUGGAAAAUGGGGCUAUGAUGGGGAUGCCUGGCCAACCACAGGCCCUGGUCCAACAAGCUCCUCAGCAAGCACCUGCCAAGGGAAAGAGAGGGCGCGCAGCCAGUAAAGAGCCAAAGGUUAAACCACCGCCAAAGGCCAAACCACCGCCAAAGCCCAAGCCUGAACCAAAAGCCAAACCGGGCCCAAAGCCCAAAAAGGCCAAGCUGGAUAAGGGUGCCACAGAGGGUGUAGAUGGCCAGGAGAAGAUUGAUGAGACGUUCAAGAAAGUGAGGAGGAAAGUGGAUCGCUUCAAAGGCAUGUCGGAGGAGGAGGUCAUGAGCAGGACACUCCCAGACAUCCUCAAAGACAAUCUGGACUAUGUGAUUAUUGGAAUAAAUCCUGGACUAAUGGCAGCUUACAUUGGAAGAUGGUUUCCUGGUCCAGGAAAUCAUUUUUGGAAGUGCCUGUUCCUGUCUGGCUUCACAGAUGAACUACUCAAUCACACAGCUGAUGACAGCUUGCCUGAUAAAUAUGGAAUUGGCUUCACCAACAUGGUGGAACGUGCCACACCAGGAAGCAAAGAUCUUUCAACCAAAGAACUCCGUGAGGGAGGCAAAAUUUUGGUUGAGAAACUGAAACAAUUCAAGCCUCUCAUAGCAGUUUUCAAUGGAAAAUGUAUCUAUGAGAUGUUCUGCAGGGAGAUCUUUGGAAAAAAGCCAAAGAAGUGUGAUUUUGGCUUGCAGGAACAUAGGAUUCCUGACUGUGAAACGGCCUUGUACCUGAUGCCUUCCUCUAGUGCCCGAUGUGCCCAGUUCCCACGUGCCCAGGACAAAGUGCACUUCUAUAUUAAGCUGAGGGAGUUACGAGACCAACUGAAGGGUCAGGCUAAGCCAAAAGAGGUGGAAGAAAUCCAGUACUCCUUUGACCUGGGCUUGGCCAAACAGGAUGCCAAGAGGAUGGCUGUCAAAGAGGAGGCGUACGACCCUGGUUACGAGGCAGCCUAUGGCGGUGCGUAUGUUGAACCAGGGGCCGAACCAGGGGCCGAGCCAGGGCCAGGGGCAGGGGCAGAAGCCGAGGCUGGACAGAGCAAUGGUCACUGCACAUUUUCGUCCAAUGCAGAGAUAGAGACUGCAGAGAAGACCUCUGCUCCCCCUGCGGAUGAAGGAGUGGUACCCGAUGGCCGGUGGAUGACUCAAACCUUUGACGAUCAGAUCCCUGACAUAACCGCCUCCUCAUAAUCCGAAAUGGGAACAUCUUAAAACCAGACUGAAUAGGGGUUUGCUUGCGAGUCGUUUCAGAGGAAUAGCCAGUGGUGCUCUCCAGUUGGAUGGAGUCUCUCUCGACCUAGCCAGUGGUGGGUCUUGUUUGUGAGUGAAUCUAGCUGAGUUGACAUGGAACCUGGACCGGUCUUCUUUUGAAUCAUUAGGUCUUUUGGAAAUCUAGGAGUCCACUGGAUGGAGACUAGGGUUACAUAUGACUGACCAAGAACCAAGACUGAGAGAGGCUGUAUCAACUUCAUCUCCAACCCCUUACCUUCCUUGCAAGUAUCUGUACCUCAGAACACCAGCUGAAGACUCUUGGAAACAAAUGCCCCCUUUAUCAGAAAUUGAAAAACUGUAUGAAUUCCACAAUUUCUACCUUGAUUUUAAAAUAGUCAGCUUUAGGAAGUAGGUUUUUUUUUUCUGUUGAGUGGUGCAAACAUUUUUUUUAAAACAAUGCCUUUUGGGUAAUGAUGAGAAACAAUUUGUAAACGGCAAAAAAAAAAUCCCCAUUUUUAAUGAAUGGAAAUUUUUUAAGUAUGGAAAUAAUGUUACUUUACAUUGGCAUGACAUGUUUCAUAUUUCAGCUGUCUCUUCAUCCAGGUGUAGAAAGGACACCCCUUGUUUCCUUUGUGGCUGGUUAAGCACUGCUAUAUUUUUUAAUGUUAUCAUAUAAUAUCAGGGAAUAGUACUUGAUUGUGUCACGCUCUUUGGAAAAUGUCCACUAUUUAAAUUACCAUGUUUCGUGUUGGUUGCUGCAAAUGUCGAAGCAUACAAGGUUUUAUGCUCUUGAACAUUUCUGUGACGUGUUACAGGGACAAGGUACAACACAAUAUUGUGUUUUCAUUUCUUAGUAUAUGCAAAUAGAUAAGUGUAACUAGUGAAAUAAAAUGUAGAAUAAUUUUUUGAAUUCUUUAAAAUGGUCUUAUUAUAUUUUAAAUCAAGGUAUAAUCAGCCAAGGCUUCUAGGAUAUUAGGAAGUCUAAUGUAACGGUUGCAAUUUCUCCCUAAAGGAAUCAUCUAAUACAUCUUCAAUCUGAAAGAAAAACCAAGGCUGCAUUGGUUGUCUCUGAAACACUGUGCUGUGUAGUGUGUGAAAGCCAGCUCUGAAAAUAAGAAUCAUGGUGUUAGUCUUAUCCCCCAUGAAAACAUAUAACAUAUUAGCCAGGUAGUGGUCUGGGUUAACUGAAUGAAUAUUUACACACUCUUGUGGAAUGGGCCAUUUUUAACACCACUUCACUGCCUCUAAACUACUGGUUUUACUGAUAAACAUGGGCAGGUACAUUUAUCAAACUGUCGAAAACUGGUUUAGAUUACAAGCCUUUUGUGGUGCGCACAUUAAUGGGUGCUAUUUCUAUUGUCAUUUUCAUUGUUUUUCUUUUGAAUUUUCAAUGCUGUUAAUUAAAAGACUGUUUUGCAGUA